AGCUCAUGAUGGGCCCUCCGAUCGGCGUAGGCCCUGGGGCUUCAGCCCAGGCAAGCCCGUGCAUUAAGGCGGCCUUGGGCAAAGGGUCCAACAUGAUAAUGACGUUUUAAAGGUUUAAAGUUGUUGGGCGUUGUUUGUUCAAUUUGUUGGCGGCGUCGGUGUUUGCCCUUUUCUUUCCCCCAUUAAACGCCAUUAGAUGAAACGAUAAAAAAGAAAAUGACCACAAACACUCCCAUGUCGGGACAAGCACCGCCAGGGAUUUAUUUAACUGUGUAAUUUCAGUUUUAAUGGCGUCAUGCAAGGGUAUGAAUUAAAAAGGGCGGGAUGCACUUCGCCCAGUGAAAUGGGUUUUCAUAGAAAGGCAGCAGAAAAAGCCAACCAAAAGUCUGGGGGUUGUUUGUGUGUGUCUGUGUGAGAGAGAUAGGGACGCUACUACAAUAAGGUAGUGUCUGUUAAAAUUCACCACGUCUGACCUGACCUUUUGACCGUGAUGACUAUUUUGCCAUUUAGCAGACACUUUAAUCCAAAGUGACUAAGCUUAAAACUGCACCGAAUUCUGUAGUCAGUGAGCAUAAACACAAACACACAAACAGGCUCAAAGUGACAAUUUGAGGCAAUGAUAUGAUAACUUAUGGCUCUUCAUGCCUUGGAGUAACAUGUUUAUUUUUUACAUUUUGGGUAGUGCCAAGAAGAAAAUGAGCCUGGCGGCUGUCCAGGCCGCACAUGAGCUUUUGCGUCUUGCGAUUUUGCGAUUUUGUUCUUGGCAUAAAUCUUUCUCCUCCACUUAAUCUUUUCUUCCCAAUGUCUAGGUGGUUCAAGCGAAGCGCAAACGACAUUUGCACCCUUAAAUAAAAGUCAAACGAUCAAAAGUACAUUUCAACAGGUGUGCUAUCGAAGGGACGAUAGCACACCUGUUAAAAUUUUUUUUUGAUCCUUAUGUUCUACUUUCAUCAAGGCAAAAAAUUCCCCCAAAAAACCGACAUAAGCCCAGUAGAAAAUACUGAGAACUACUGCAAGAGCUUGUUUCUCUAUUUUUUUUUGUACUCUGACUCCAGAGUAAUCCCCUGAGUGAUAGUUCUGUGUUUAUGCAUCAAAAUCCUAUUCCCUGAUAAUGACCUCCGCUGUAAAAAUCCCUGUUGUUCAAAAAAUACAUUCCAAAGAUACGUGUGAAUGGCUAUAAACAUCCCUCCCAGAGCACACUUUUUAUAAAAUGGCUGUUUUUUUAUUUCUCCCCAUUAUAGAGAUGGCAAGCCGGCUUUCCCUCCUCCUCCCCUUCCUCCUUCCCAUCUGCCUGUCGUUGUCGCGGGGCGAGGAGGAGCUCCAGAAGAUCCCACAGCUGUCCUUCACCACCGAGACGCCCAUCAACAACGUGGUGCAGGACCCGGGCAGCGGGCGCAUCUACCUCGGCGCCGUCAACGCCAUCUUCCAGCUGGGGCCCGCCCUCAACCAGGAGGCGAGGGCCGAGACAGGCCCCAAGCUGGACUCCCGGACCUGCACCCCUCCGCCUUCCGCCUGCCAGGACACCAAACUCAUGCCCAACCUCAACAAGCUGCUGCUGGUCCACCCGGCCAACGGCUCGCUCAUCGUCUGCGGCAGCCGCUACAAGGGCAUCUGCUCGCUGCUCAACCUGACCAACGUGGAGCAGCAGCUGUACUACAGCGACAGCAAGGGCGAGAGGACCUAUGUGGCCAGCAUCGAGGACAACGUCAACGUGGUGGGCGUCAUGUCCACGUACCACCUGAAGGACACCGCGGACGAGUUCAGCGUCUUCGUGGUGGGCAAGGGCUACGGGCGGAUGGACAGCACCAAGCUCAUCAGCACGCGCAUCCUGGAGGACCGGCGCGAGUGGGUGGUGUUCGAGAGCAUCGUGGAGGCCUCGGCCGUGCAGACGGCGCCCUUCGCGCCCAAGCACCAGCACGACUUCCGCCACGCCUUCAAGGACGACGGCUUCGUCUACUUCCUGUUCUCCAGGACCCGGGACGGGACGGACAACAAGAACCUGACGUAUGUGUCGCGCAUCUGCGAGUCGGACAACAACUACUACUCCCACACGGAGCUGAUGCUGAGCUGCGGCCCGGGGAACCGCUACAGCAAGGUUCAGGCCGCGUACGUGGCCAUUCCCGGCAAGGAGCUGGCCCAGAGCUUGACCGAGUCGGGCCAGAGCAGUAAGGUCAACCACAUGGAGAAGGUGCUGUUCAUGGUGGCCAGUUCGCCGGAGGAGGACGGCGACUCCAACUCGGCCCUCUGCAUGUACCCGCUCAAAGCCAUAAACGAGCGUCUGGAGGAUAUCAUCAACGCCUGCUACUUCGACAUGGGGUCCAUCGGCGGGAAGCCAGCGGUGGACAUCCCCUACUCCUCCAAGAGAAAUGAGUUCUGUAAAACCCCGGUUACCCGGGACACGUUGGUAACCUGUGGCGCAGACUUCUUGCCUUCUCCUCUGGCCAGUAAGCCUGAGUUUGGUCUGAAGGGUCAGCACGUCGAGGUCAGGGGCUUGCUGACCGCCGUGGCCAUCGCCGUGGAAAACGACCACACCAUCGCCUUCUUGGGAAACGACCAGGGAGAGGUCUCCAAGGCCCACCUGAAAGGCACGUCUGAAGUCUUUGGCAAGAUCCCAGGACUAACUGCGGGGGAACGGGUGAACAAGAACCUCUUCUUCGACCACGGAGAGGACUACCUAUACAUCACCACUGAGAAAAAGAUCACCAGGGUGCCGGUGCAGACGUGCAACCUGAAGACGGACUGCAAGUCCUGUAUCGACCUGAAGGACCCCUACUGUGGCUGGUGUGUCCUGGAGGGAAGGUGCACGCGGCGUUCCGAGUGCCGCAGGGCGGAGGAGAAGAACGGCUGGCUCUGGAGCCCCGGGCGGGAGUGUGUGAAGAUCCUCUCCUUCUCCCCCCCCAACCUCUCCUGUCACAAGACUCAGCAGGUGGAGAUCAACAUCCCGUCCCUCCCCACCAUCUCCGCGGCGGACCGCCUGGGCUGCGUCUUCCAGGAGGACUUACGGAGCAAGGGCUCCAUGUCAGGGACGGGCCAGGUCAUCUGUUACCUCCCAAACCCCGCGCACAUACCGGCCACGCCCGAAGGCCAAGAUUUCGUAGCUGUGCCGGUCAAGAUCUUCGUCAACGAGACGGUGGAGCUGGCCACCAGAGAGUUCAAAUUCUACAACUGCUCGGCCACCGUGAGGAAAGCUGAAAACACGCCGUGCAUGUCGUGCGUGGCCAGCCCCUGGGGGUGUCAGUGGAACACCCGCGACCACACCUGCAGUGACACCACCGACACCGUGAACGGACCCCACAUCAUCAAACAGCGGAAGGAACCGAGGUGCCCCCGCUUCGAGAACCCGGACCCCGUGCUCAUCCCCGUGGGCUUCCAGACCGCCAUUGGCUUCGAGGGGAUCAACCUCGAGCAGUAUGAGGGAAGAGCCUUUACAAUAGGAACUGAACUGAUGCGUAGCGUGGAGGAAGAGGUCACUUUGGUGGUGGGCCAGUUCUACAACUUCAAUGGCUUUAAGUUUUCCUACGAUAAAUCACAGGAGACCAACGUUCUGUUCUACGUGAAGGACAAGGAGUCCGGGAAGAAGAUAGACAGCACGCUGAACGUGACCCUCUACAACUGCUCCAACGGCCGGCAGGACUGCAGCCUGUGCAAGAACUCGGACCCCAAGUACAGCUGCGUGUGGUGCGGCCACACCAGGUCCUGCGUCUACAACAAACUCUGCGACCAUGCGUCCCAACAGUGUCCGGAUCCCUGAUCACCGACAUCAUCCCCCGCUAUGGCCCGAUGCUUGGGGGGAUCUCCGUCACCAUCCUGGGCUCCAACCUGGGGCAUCCAGCAGGCGGACAUCAAGAGGAUCAGCGUGGCAGGCGUGCCCUGCGUCCACCAGCCGGACAAGUACUCGGUCUCCACCAGGUAAUCAGAACGCACAGCCGGACACCGGGGGACGCACGCCGGCAGGAGACGCAGGGUGGCUGUGUGUCUGUGUGUGUGUGUGUGUGUCUGUUUGUGUCUGGGUGUGUGUGUGUGUGUGUGUGUGUCAGUUUCUCCCUCCUCAUCUGUAGUAAUUAGUCGCCCGCUUGCGCGGACAGCCGAUAUCAAAACGUAUUUUUAAACGGCCUUUCAGUGUAGGUGAUCAGCCUAAUGGUUUUUCUUCUUCCUUGGGCUUUAAGGAGCCUGUAGAGUGGAAGCAUUUU